GAGGAGAAUCGCAUCUCGCUUCGGUUGUAUAAUUUUUAUUUCUGAAAUCUCUGACUCGUCACCACCAGAUUUCCAUCGACGUCAAAAUUCGAGUGUUGCAUUUAUGUGUCUCCCUGAGGGAGAGAGAGAUAGCCAGACCUCCAUGGCCCUCGAAGCUGUUGUUUUCCCUCAAGACUACCCGUUUGGCUAUGGCGGUUCCAAAGACUUCCAUCCUCUCUGGCCCUUUCACGACGAUUUCAACCUUCCCAAACAGGAAGACCAGCACGGCUUUCUGAAUUUUCUCGACAGCCAAACAGAAAAUUAUGGCUUCGGCGACUGGACUCAAGUUUGCUCUUCUUCUCCUCCUUCAUCAGUGUUACCCCACUCCAGUGAACUUCAUCUCCCUAAUCACGCCACCUCCGAAGCCAGCAACCACCCAGCACCCUCGUCUGAAGCCCUCCCCAUGGAUUCCUCCAAUUCUCGUCCCAAGAGACGCAGAGCCAGAACCCGAAAGAACAAGGAGGAGAUCGAGAACCAGAGAAUGACGCACAUUGCGGUGGAGCGCAAUCGAAGAAAGCAGAUGAACGAGUAUCUCUCUGUCCUACGCUCUCUCAUGCCCGACUCCUACGUCCAAAGGGGCGAUCAAGCUUCCAUAAUAGGAGGGGCUAUUAACUUUGUGAAGGAGCUGGAGCAGAGGCUGCAAUUUCUGGGGGGUCAGAAAGAAACAGAGGCGAAAUCUCAGAGCAUGCCGUUCUCAGAGUUCUUCACGUUUCCUCAGUACACGACGAGCCCGAGCGGAAGCGGCGAGUGUUCGGCGACGGGGGAGAAAGUGGGGGAGGCAUCGCCGGAGGCCAGCAUAGCAGAUAUAGAAGUGACAAUGGUGGAGAGCCACGCGAAUGUGAAAAUAAGGUCGAGGAAGAGGCCGAAGCAGCUGUUGAAGAUGGUGGCGGCGUUGUACAGCAUGCGCCUCACGAUCUUGCAUCUCAAUGUGACGACCACCGGCGAUAUUGUGCUCUACAGCAUCAGCGUCAAGUUAGAAGAAGAGUGCAAGCUGGGAUCAGUGGAGGAGAUAGCAGGAGCAGUGCACAAAACGAUGGAGAGGAUCGAACGAGAGAGUGCGCAUGCAGAAUCAGGAUCCGAACAUGAAUAAGCUAAUUGCCUGAGAAUUUUGUAUGGCUGGAAUGAGCAGAAGUGAGAAAUUAUGAAUGAAUUGGGGUGAACUGUGUUUAAUAUAUAAUUUUGCUAAGAGUUGGGUGAAUGAAUGAUAGUUAGUGAAGAUCAGAGGAGGAGGGCCUUGAUGUGUAUGUAUGUAAGGGAGGAAGUUGUUUUUUGGGUGAUUCCUUCUGUAUUGCCAGUGAAUAAUGAUGUGAUUUUGAUA